AUGGUGUUGACAACUCAUACUGACCCUAAAAUAUGGGGAUCGGACUCGUACGAGUUCAACCCAGACAGGUUUGCAAAUGGGAUCACAAGUGCUUGCAAGCUUCCACACAUGUACAUGCCAUUUGGGGUUGGACCUCGGGUGUGCUUGGGACAGAAGUUGGCCAUGGUUGAACUCAAAAUACUACUUGCUUUUAUGGUCUCCAACUUCUCUAUUACUCUUUCUCCCAAGUAUAUCCAUUCACCAGCUAUGAGGCUGGUUAUAGAGCCUAAACAUGGAGUCAAUCGCUUGGUGAAGAAGUUCUCAUCAAAAUCUAAGCCAAUCUGGCAGAGUUUCAACUUGCAGGAAUCACAGAUCAAGAAAACCAUUACCUUGUAUGCAAUUAAUGUUCAAGUUGAUACACAUAUCACCGAUACUGGUGUAACAAUUCCAGCAGAUGAAAUUGUUGAGAUUCAUGUAUUUUUCACAUCACUAAUUCAAAACAAAUUGUUAUCCACUCUCUUCAUAUCUCACAUUUUCAUGCUUUCAAAGUUCUUCAUUGUUGCACUAUCUUUGGCUAAGUGA